UCCUCUCUCUCUUUCAUCUGUACAUAUCCACCCAAAAUGUCAGACAGCGAGUCUGAAUACGACAUCUCGAACGCGAUCGCGUCGUUCAACGACGCGGCUGCCGCGGGCGGCGACUCGUCUGACGACGACAGCGUUUUCGACGACGUUCAAAUUACGAACCGCAAGAAGAACCUGCCGUUGUCGACUUCAUCCUCAGCCACGGGAUCGAACAGCGUGGUGCAGACGCAGAAGAAACAAGAGAAACCAAAGCCAAAGAAAAUGCCGGCGUUGACGGCCGUUGGAUCAGACGAGGACGAGGACGAGGAUGACGAGGCUGAGUUUUUUAAAAACUUGCCUGUCGCGGGGGUUAACGGCGGCGUGGGCGCGGACGGCAAGAUGAAGAAGUUGAAUCCGGGAAAAUUCAACGCGCUGGGCCUGUCGCAGCAGCUGGUGCGGAACGUGCAUAGAAAGGGAUAUAACACGCCGACGCCGAUUCAGCGGAAGACGAUUCCGCUGGUGUUGAACGGGGUCGAUGUUGUUGGUAUGGCGCGCACAGGAUCAGGCAAGACGGCGGCGUUUGUGCUGCCGAUGAUUGAGAAGCUGAAAGCGCAUAGCGCGAAGGUUGGCGCGCGGGCGAUUGUCCUCUCGCCGAGUCGAGAAUUGGCGCUGCAGACGCUGAAAGUGGUCAAGGAGUUUUCGAGGGGUACGGAUUUGAAGUGCAUCUUGCUCGUCGGUGGUGAUAGUCUUGAGGACCAGUUUGGGUGGAUGAUGACGAAUCCGGAUAUCAUCAUCGCGACCCCUGGUAGAUUUGCGCAUUUGAAGGUCGAGAUGGAUCUUGAUCUGAAGUCUGUCGAGUACAUUGUUUUCGACGAAGCUGAUCGUCUCUUCGAACUCGGUUUUUCGAUGCAGUUGAUGUCAAUCCUCGCCAGCUUACCUGCAUCCCGCCAAACCCUCCUAUUCUCCGCCACGCUCCCGAAAUCACUUGUCGAAUUUGCCCGCGCCGGUCUGAGCGACCCCGUGCUCGUGCGCCUGGACGCAGACUCCAAGAUCUCGGACGAGCUCGAGAUGUUUUUUUUCAGCAUCAAGUCCUCCGAAUCCGACGGCGCGCUGCUGUGGCUUCUUCGCGAUGUCAUCAAGAUGCCUACCGCUGCCGAGAUGCCGAAGCGGGAUUGGAAGUUCAACAAUGGAUCUGACAGCGACAAGGAAGAUAACGGAGAAGACGAGCACGACAAGAAGAAGAAGAAAUUCGAUCGCAAAAAGUCGAAGUUCAGCAAACCUCCGUCCGGGAACGAAGCCACCUCUCCACACGCGACGAUCGUGUUCGCGCCCACCCGCCAUCACGUAGAGUACGUCGCCAACCUACUCCGCGAAUUUGGCUACGCGAUCUCCUACAUCUACGGCUCGCUCGACCAACACGCGCGCCGCGAGCAACUCGCCAUGUUCCGCGCGGGCGUCACCUCGAUCCUCGUCGUCACCGACGUCGCAGCCCGCGGUAUCGACGUGCCUAUCCUCGCUAACGUGGUCAAUUACUCGUUCCCUGGCUCGCCCAAGGUCUUUGUCCACCGCGUCGGUCGUACCGCUCGCGCAGGAAAACGCGGCCGUGCGUUCUCGCUCGUGAAGGAGACUGAGGUGCCGUACUUGCUUGAUCUCGAGCUGUUUUUGGGGAAAUCUCUCAAACUGCCUAGUGAUCUCGAAACUCUCGCCGCCGAGGAGAUUGAUUACACGCGGGAUAUGGUGUGCGGCAGUUUCCCGCGCGACGAACUCGAGCGCAGCUGCGAAGACGUGCAGACUUUGUUGACUAAAGAUUACGAUCUAUCCUCGCUGCGCCAGGUCGCAAUCAAAGGUGAAAAGCUGUACUUGAAAACGCGCGGCUCGGCCAGUAGCGAGAGCGUCAGACGCGCAAAAGAGGUGAUUGUGCGCGGAUGGGACACGCUCGCGCCGAUGUUUCGCGAGCACGAGCUUGCGGAGCGGGAGAACAUGCUGCAGCGGCUGGCGCGGUUUAGACCUGCGGAGACGAUCUUUGAGGUUACGCGAAAGGGGGGUGUGAAUGCGGAUUCGGCGGCGGAUUUGAUGAGGAGACGGAGGUUUCAGGUCGCGCCGAUUCAAAAGUAUGCAAAGGCGCAGGGCACGUUGCGGUGGACUGCUGAGGAUGGGGAGGAGAGUCAGAGUCAGAGUCAGGAGAUGGAGAUGGAGAGUGAGAUGGAGCAGGUGAUUAUUGCGAACGACGAGGAUGAGGAGGAAAUUGAGCAGUCAGAAGACGCGGAGAAGCUCGCGAGCGCGACUGAAGACGAGAUUCUAAACACAUUCAAGCUCGCGCCCGAGAAACCUCAGAAGCGCAAACGCGACUCUUCUACUAUUAGCAGCAGCAGCAGCAGCAAAAAAACCAAACCAACAACAUUCCGCGACGAAGCGCAUUACAUCUCCCACUACGCUCCCUCCGAGAUGGCGCAGGACCGCGGCUACGGCGUCAACACGACAGCCAACAACGCUACCUCUGUGAUUUCAUUCAUGGACAACGCCGCAAGCGCAUCGUUCGAUCUCGGGAACGACGACCCGACUAGGUCCGGGUCGGGCAUUAUCGGCAGUAACCGCACGAAACUGACAAAGUGGGAUAAGAAAAAACACAAGUACGUGACGAAGCAGGCGGGCGACGACGCCGAGAUGGGCGGGAAGAAGGGCAAGAUGAUUCGCGGCGAGAACGGCGUGCGCCUGCCCGCGACGUAUAAAUCCGGCAGAUUCGAGAGCUGGAAGGCCGCGAAUAAGAAGAAAGACGGGGUCCGUGUCGGGCAGUCUGAGAAUCCGCGCGACGCGGCAGGCGGGGCUGGCCCGCAGAAUAGGAGAUACAAGCACAAGGAGGUGAAGGCGCCUAAAGCCGCGGACAAGUUCCGCGACAACUACAUGACGCAGAAUAAGAAGUUUAAGCAGGCGAUGGAGAAGGGCGUUGUUGCGCCGCAGGGGGCGAGGAAUGAGUUGAAGUCGGCGAUGGAUAUUCGAAAGGCGAGGAAGUUGAAGGAGAGGAGGAAGGAGAAGAACGCGAGACCUAGUAAGAAGAGGAGGUAGGCGGUGUUUAUUCUAUGAACUUGAUAGAUGUCCACGGAUAGAGUAGAUGUGAGUUCAAUACAUUAAUAUAAGCCCAAAUACAAUGCAUCUAUAGC